GAAACCGUGUUGGAGGUGAUGCUUCUCUAAGCCAAAGGAGAAGAGGUGGCGUGAGAAUGUCGGCCCUCAACUGGAAGCCGUUCGUGUAUGGAGGGCUGGCCUCCAUCACAGCCGAAUGUGGUACAUUUCCGAUUGAUUUGACCAAGACACGGCUCCAGAUCCAAGGCCAGAUGAAUGAUACCAACUUUAAGGAAAUUAGGUAUCGAGGAAUGUUGCAUGCGCUAGUGAGGAUAGGCCGAGAAGAAGGGCUGAGGGCGCUGUACUCCGGGAUUGCUCCUGCAAUGUUACGGCAGGCGUCCUAUGGCACCAUCAAGAUAGGCACUUACCAGAGUUUGAAGCGAUUGUUCGUUGAACGCCCAGAAGAUGAAACCUUACCAGUAAAUGUCAUAUGUGGAAUUCUCUCUGGAGUCAUAUCCUCAGCCAUUGCUAAUCCAACUGAUGUCUUGAAAAUACGGAUGCAAGCACAAAGCAACGCCCUUCAAGGAGGAAUGAUAGGCAACUUCAUUAACAUUUACCAGCAAGAGGGGACAAGAGGACUGUGGAAGGUAAGCUGGGAGAAUGAAUACACCCCACUUACUUUAUGGCUCAUACCUGUAAUCUCAGCACUUUGGGAGGAGGAAGCUAGAGGAUUGCCUGAGGGUGUGUCCCUUACUGCUCAGAGGGCUGCUAUUGUUGUUGGUGUGGAGUUGCCGGUCUAUGACAUCACCAAGAAGCAUCUCAUUCUCUCGGGCCUGAUGGGAGACACUGUAUACACCCACUUCCUCUCAAGCUUCACCUGUGGUCUAGCAGGGGCCCUGGCCUCAAACCCUGUUGAUGUUGUGAGAACACGUAUGAUGAAUCAGAGAGUUCUUCGAGAUGGCAGAUGCUCUGGCUACACAGGUACUCUGGAUUGCUUGUUACAGACAUGGAAGAAUGAAGGGUUUUUUGCUCUGUAUAAAGGAUUUUGGCCAAAUUGGUUGAGACUUGGUCCUUGGAAUAUCAUUUUCUUUGUGACAUAUGAGCAGUUGAAGAAAUUGGAUUUGUGACAAGUUAAGGCUGCAUGAGGCAUCCUCUGAAAAUGCUAACUUCCGAAACAGCAAAGCUUCCUGUGUUUCUUCUUCUCACUGCUUGGCUCUUCACAGAUUCUGGGGUGUGAGCACCAGAUGAAGGCAGGGUUGCUGAGAGUGCUGCGUGUUGCUGUUGGACGCUCUUCAUCAAAUGCUUAAUGGCAUCAACUGUUACAUAUGAACACUAGUCUCUACCACUGAAGUGCCCGUCAACAUCAUAGAAAUGUCCGAAAUGCAUGUUUCUUGCUGAAGAAAAUCAGGAAAUGUGUGUUGUUUUCUUCGGGGAGAGUAGUCCUGAUGCAGCUCGGCUCGUGGCUGAGAAUAUCAGACUGCUCUAAAGAAGCUCAUUGGAACUGUGGGAUGGAGCCUCCAGAGGAGGGGAUUCUUGUUCUAGAACUUCUGAGAACUUUGGCUUCUUGUCAGCUGAAGUAAUUUCACACGUGGAGACCUGGACUUUCCAACUCCAGAUGUAAACAGUGCAGGAAAUAGAUCCUUGGAAUAUUGCCCUGCUUUGUCAUUUCCUAUUUUGGCAGGAUCUUUCACUUAUACUAAGUGAUUUUAAGCCUUUGAAGACUUGAUCUUUGUGAGAAAUUGUUACAACGUAAUAAUCUCAGUUCAUGGUAGUGUUAUAUGUUGGCUUUGAAGGUUGCAAGUUCUGUAUCUGUGGGAAGUCUUCAGGCAGUUUGGGUUCUUUCUUAGGUAAUGUUAGUAAUUAGCUCUGAUUUUUAGUGAGGUAUUAUUUUGUAAUCUGUAAAAUGGAAAUGAUAACAUCUCUUGAUGUGGAGGGUCAAAUGAAGAAAAAAUAGUAGCUGCUGCCAGUUGACUUGAAAGGUAAGUAUGUUUACAUCAUGUUGUCUUACAGCUGUGAAAAGCCUAUGUAUGUAGAAGAGAGUUGUGUUAUCAUGGUAAU